AUGAUUACUAGCAUAGCACGAACCACGGGUAUAGGUAGUCAAACAAUUAGCAGAACCAUAGCAGAGUAUAAAAGGACCAAAACUGUCAGUUCUCCUAACAAAAAGCGUACUAAGAAAUCUCUUUUCGAUAAAAUCGAUGAUUUAGAUCGGAAUGCAUUGCGGCAAAAGGUACAUGCUAUUUGGUUGCGUCGUCAACUACCAACGAUCGAUAAAAUAUUACAUGAAGUGAAUGAAGAUCCAGCACUUCCAAAAUUCAAACGAACGACUAUGUAUACCACAAUAAAAAAAUUGGACUUCGUAUUUUCUAAAAGAAAAAGGUGCAAUGUCUUGACCGAGAGGAAAGAUUUGAUUGUUUGGCGCCGCAAUUACUUAUACGACAUACGUAAAUAUCGUAAGGAAGGUCGAACCAUAUAUUACUUGGACGAAACAUGGUUGAAUGCCGGCGAUUAUGUGGACCGUGUAAAAUCAAAACACGAUGCUUUCGAAAGAGGUCUUACAACUGGUUCAACCAAUCCAACCGGUAAAGGAAAACGUCUAAUUGUUUUGCAUAUUGGUUCGGACAAAGGAUUUUUAGGUAGCGGUUUAUUAUGUUUCGAGUCGAAGAAGAAUAGCGCCGAUUAUCACGAGAUGAAUGGCGAUAAUUUUAAAGAGUAG